CCUUUUUCCCGGAAUUCCCUCCACUUCCGGUGGGGCUGUGAGCUGUCCGUCCCUCCUUACUUCCCCCCCACCUCCCCAAGAGCGCGCGAAGCGUUGAGGAAACUGAGGCCCGCAGAGUGGCAGGGCCUGGCCCCGCCCCCUGGCUGUGUGGUCUCCUGAGAGCACUUAACAUCGCUCCGGUCCCCUUUUCUCCGCCUCUGGCUGAUCGCUGGGCUCCGGAACCGCUUACACCUCACUGGGACCAGCAGCUAGCGGGCCACCUCUUGGGGAAUGCAGCGCCUGAAACAACUUCAUAACUAUGUAAUGUAACAGCAAAGUGACGACAGAACAUCAGGUAAGCAGAAGAUUGGGACCAAAGAGAGCAAGAUGAAUGUUCCUGCAAGUAGUUGUGGUAGUCCCAAUUCUGCAGAAAUUGGCAGUGAUUUUAAAGACCUCUGGACAAAACUGAAGGAGUGUCAUGACAAGGAAGUACAAACCUUACAGAUCAAAGUAACCAAGCUAAAAAAGGAACGGAUUUUAGAUGCACAAAGAUUGGAAGAGUUUUUUACCAAAAAUCAACAAUUGAGAGAGCAACAGAAGGCCCUUCAUGACACUAUUAAAGUUUUGGAAGAUCGGUUAAGAGCAGGGUUAUGUGACCGUUGUGCAGUGACUGAAGAGCACAUGAGGAAAAAACAACAGGAGUUUGAAAAUAUCCGGCAACAGAAUCUUAAACUUAUCACUGAACUUAUGAAUGAUAAGAAUGCCUUACAAGAAGAAAACAAAAAACUUUCAGAGCAACUACAAAAGAAAAUUGAGAAGAAACAGCAUAAAGCUGUAGAGCCUGAGGAAGAAGUUAUCCCUGAUUCUCCUAUAUUGACUUUUUCAUUUCCUGGACUUAAUCGACUAAGAAGAAAGAAGGAGAAUCUACAUGUCCGAUAUAUAGAGCAAACACAUACUGAUUUGGAGCACCCUCUAAGUACAAAUGAAUUAGCAAAAAGUUUGAAGUCUUCAACUCAAGUACAACAAAACCACUAUGAAAGUGAAAUUCUUGUAGCAGAUACUUGUGAUCAAACAUUAUCACCUGUGACCAAUAUUCAAGAUACCAACAGUUGUCCCAUUGAGAAAUCAUCUUUUAACUUAGCUGCAGUUGUUGCUGAAACACUUGGACUUGGUGUUCAAGAAGAUUCUGACUUGCAAAGUGCUUCGAAUCCUCUCAGUGAAGAUCUGCACCAUCAACAGGAAGUAGAACCAAAGAAACAACCCUUUCAGGAAUCCACAAAAAAUAACGAAGAUGGUUUGAGAUUUUCAGAUUCUUCUCCAAGGACUCCACCAGAAGUUGACUGGGCUGCUCGGGCAUCUUCUCCUGUUUUUGGGGCUGUUUCUAAUGUGAAAAAUGGUUUAGGCUUGAAUACAAGCUUGUCUCCUUCUCUUUUAGAAGCUGGGAAAAAGCCCCAUCUCAAAACAAAUUCCCUAAGCAUUAUUUCUAAUUCUAAACCACAGAAAACUAGAUCAAAAUCUGAAGACACUAGCCUUGUUACAUGCCUUAAUUUUGGUUCUCAACCAAGCACUGUCAUUGAUCAUUCUUCUUCCAUUAAUCAAAUGCUUGUGAGAAAGAAUAUAAGUGAAUCAAUAAGUACACAGGUUGAGACUGAUAAUGCAAAAGAUGAAACUACUGAAAAAAAUGAUCUUUUUGUGCCAUUGAAACCACUGGGAAGCAGAGGAACCAAAAGGAAGAAGAUUGAAGAAGAAAGUGAACAUUGCCCCCAAACUUCUUUUGAUAAAGAAAAUGCUUUUCCUUUUCGAGGGGAUAUUCCACAAUCUGUAAAUGGAGAGUCUGUAAUGGAUAAACCCCUGGAUCUAUCUGAUCGAUUUUCAACUAUCCAUCGAAAAGAAAAAAGCCAAGGAAAUGAGAUUACUGGUGGUUAUGAGCCAAUAAAAAUGAAAGGUAGGAUGGGACAUGGAGAUUGUGAACUUGCCUCAGUUCUUCAGUUAAAUCCUUGUAGACUAACUAAAGCACAAGCUCUACAAGAUAAUCAAGAUAAAUCAUCCUUAGAAAAUAUCCAGUGGAGCAUAGAUCCAGCAGCAGAUCUUUCUCAAUAUAAAAUGGAUAUUACUGUAAUAGAUACAAAGGAUGGUAGUCAAUCAAGAUUAGGAGGCGAGACUAUGGACAUGGAUUGUACAUUGAUUAGUGAAACUGUGCUUUUAAAAAUCAAGAAGCAGGAGCAGAAGGAAGAGAAAAGUCCAAAGAGAGAAAGAAAAGUGAAUGAUAGCUUAUCAGAAUUGUUUGAUCAGACAACACGUGAAGAAUAUGAAUCCUAUUUGACAGAUAGUUCACUGUGUGAACCAGAAGAAAAUCUCCAAGUAGAAUAUGAAGAAUUAUCAGUUGCUGCAAAGAAAUUAAAUAAUCAUGAAGAUAUACCUGAUAAAGUCAAACAAAAAGCAUUUGUGGAGCCUUAUUUUAAAGAUGAUGAAAGAAAGACCACAUUACAAAAUUUCCCUCACAUUGAGGUGGUACGAAAAAAGGAAGAGAGGAGAAAAUUACUUGGACAUACAUGUAAAGAAUGUGAAAUUUAUUAUGCAGAUAUUCCAGAAGAAGAAAGGGAAAAGAAACUAGCCUCCUGUUCAAGGCACCGUUUCCGCUAUAUUCCUCCUAACACACCUGAAAAUUUCUGGGAAGUUGGGUUUCCUUCAACUCAAACUUGUGUGGACAGAGGGUACAUUAAGGAAGAUAUUGAUCCUUGUCCACGUCCCAAAAGGCGGCAGCCUUACAAUGCUAUGUUUUCUCCAAAAGGCAAAGAACAGAAGACAUAGAUGUUGAAGAAAUUGCAAAAGGUGCCCGAACAAAAUUCCUCUUUUAUUUAUAGUUAAAGUCGAAAUAAAAAACUGAUUUCUUCCCCUC